AAUCUCUGGAAUCCGAUGACACAUUUUUAGUAUAAAGAACCACGUUGGCUCUGCUGUUUUCUCAUCAGUUAGCAGAGUGUAGUUAAGUAGUAACAAGUAACAACCAGCCCAGUUCCCAACCCCGAAAAAAGAUGGCGAGAAAAUCCCUCUCAUUAUCGGCAGUUCUCGCCUUUUCUUUUUCUUUACUCCUCUUUCCUCGUCCAAUCAUAGGCGGCGGCCACGACUACCGCGAUGCUCUCCGGAAGAGCAUUCUCUUUUUCGAAGGCCAACGAUCAGGCAGACUUCCCCCUGACCAACGCGUCAAAUGGCGACGCGACUCCGCAUUGCACGACGGCUCCACUGCCGGCGUGGACUUAACGGGAGGUUACUACGACGCUGGAGAUAACGUGAAGUUCGGGUUCCCAAUGGCAUUUACGACGACUUUAUUAGCUUGGAGUAUCAUAGAUUUCGGAAGAAACAUGGGGCCGGAGUUAAAGAACGCCGUUAAAGCCGUUAAGUGGUCGACGGAUUAUCUGUUGAAAGCAACGGCAAAGCCUGGAGUGGUGUACGUGCAAGUGGGAGAUGCAUACUCUGAUCAUAGCUGCUGGGAAAGGCCGGAGGAUAUGGACACGCUUCGUUCGGUGUACAAAAUCGAUAAUGCGCAUCCUGGCUCUGACGUGGCAGGUGAAACCGCCGCUGCAUUGGCCGCUGCUUCAAUUGUGUUUAGGUCACGUGAUCCUGUUUACUCGAGCUUGCUCCUCAAUCGAGCCGUCAGGGUGUUCAACUAUGCUGACAAGCACAGGGGUGCCUAUAGCAGCAGCCUGCACCCUGCAGUUUGCCCUUUUUACUGCGACGUGAAUGGCUAUCAGGAUGAGCUACUUUGGGGUGCCGCUUGGUUGCACAGAGCCUCAAGAAAGCGCGUAUAUAGAGAGUAUAUAGUGAAAAACGAGGUCAUCUUGAGGGCUGGAGAUACCAUCAAUGAAUUUGGUUGGGAUAACAAGCAUGCUGGAAUUAACGUCCUGAUUUCCAAGGAAGUGCUGAUGGGAAAAGCUGACUAUUUCGAGUCUUUCAAGCAAAAUGCUGAUGGCUUUAUUUGUUCUUUAUUGCCUGGAAUUUCUCAUCCUCAAGUUCAAUACUCUCCUGGUGGGUUGAUCUUCAAAGCUGGAGGGAGCAACAUGCAGCACGUGACGUCAUUGUCUUUCCUACUUCUAGCCUAUUCUAAUUAUCUAAGCCACGCUAACAAGGUGGUGCCAUGUGGUGAAAGAUCAGCUUCCCCUGCCCUUCUCAAACUGUUGGCUAAACGCCAGGUGGACUAUAUUCUGGGAGACAAUCCUCUAGGGAUGUCCUACAUGGUUGGCUACGGUGCACGCUUUCCUCAGAGGAUUCAUCAUAGGGGCAGCUCACUGCCAUCGGUGGAGGCCCACCCGGCCCCCAUCCGCUGCAAAGAGGGGUCUCGCUAUUACCUAAGCCCAAACCCCAACCCCAAUUUAUUGGUGGGAGCAGUGGUUGGUGGACCCAAUGUGUCUGAUGCUUUUCCAGAUUCACGGCCUUAUUUUCAAGAGUCUGAGCCCACAACUUACAUCAAUGCUCCUCUUGUGGGCCUCCUCGCAUUCUUUUCAGCCCACCCUUGAUUUCCUCGAAAUGUAAAGGAUGAUGAUAUUUCUAAGAGGUGUGCAAAAUGGUCACCCUGCCCCAUUAUUGUGAAAUGAAAAAGAUUCCAGUGGUUACCAAUUAACGAAGAAAGUUGCAUUUGUACACUAAAAAGAGAGCAUCCUUUUCUUUGUUGGACAAAGUUUUAAGAUCAUUGUCAAGUAUGGUUAAGAUAUCCAAAAGAGUCUAAUUAUUAACUUCACUUGUUAGAUUUAUAUAAUUAUUUUUA